AAGCUCUAAUCUAUUAUGUUUGUGUGCGUCCGCAAAGACCCUGGAAGCUCAUUGGUGAUAAUCCUCAACUUGCUGCCUGCUGCCAGCAGGGCCUACAGAUAAGGAUGUGAUGUCUCACUUUGCAUCUCCCUCUGAACUUUGGCCGGACAAUUUGCAUUCCAAAGACAGGUUGCACUAACCAGAGCCCAAGGGUUCAGCUUGUCAACCCAAACAGCUGUAAAGGUGUGGCUCCACAUCCCAGGACCAUGUUUACAAACCUGAGAAUGGAUCUUCUUGAACCACCUUUAACAGAUGAAGUUACACUGCGUAUCCAGAAAACAAGUUCUGCAUUUGGUCGUCAGCAGAACUGGGUUUGAAGCAGGGUGAGGUCUGCUUUUGUACAAACAGGACUCCCUUCUGUGUGCUGCGGAGACAUGAACUUGCUACCAGAGCCCCAUCAGAGUGCUAGAUGGUGUUUACAUGGGACAUCUUUGUUGACUCCUGGGCAUAAAGCGUCGAGGUAAAAUAGCCAGCAACACUGUAUUGGAGCACAAGAACCUCAACGACUCCUUUGCAUUAGAGAAGCACGGAGAGGUCCCAGAUGAGAUCGAGUCUCCAUUGUGCAGGGCGCUGCACAAACACAAUAAGAGAUAGCCUCUGCCCCAAAGCGCUGAGCCUCUACAUUGACAAGGCAGGAUUUUUAUCCUUAUUUUACAGCUGGGAAACUGAGGCACAAAGGCCCAGCUCCUGACAAGUACGUAGGCUCCAAACGUCUGUGAAAUCACUGGGAGCUGGGAGCCUAAAUGCCUUUGGCGAUCCAGGCCAAAGAGGGAACCAGCUGAUCCUUUUGCUACUGGAGAAGGGCUACAUCUCCUCUGUCCCCGGGAAGUGGCUGUUGUGCUGUGGUGGGCAAGAUGCCAGCCUGCAGCCCUCUUGGCUUCUCUUUCUGGUUCUGCUGCCAAAUCGAUGGCUGAGUCACCUAGGAUAAAUAUUUCAGAAAUGGCCCUGGAUUGCGGGUGCUGAGUGUGAGACACCCGGGGGCCUGCUUUUCAGAGAUGUUGAGCCCUCCCCCUGCCCCAUCAACUCCAGCUGAAGUGUGGCUUCUCAUCUGCUUCCGUGAGAGACAACCGGACGACCAUCCAGCUGACGAGUGUAAAGCAGCGAUGAGAACUGGUCCCCGGCCAGCUACCGAGCACCGAGUGUGGAGGCCGGGCCUCUGGGUAUUCCCUGCCUUCCUGCUCCCAGCAGCACUGCUCCUCUUCCUCGGCCCCAGCGGCAACGCCUCCGCUUCUGCUCCGUUGUCGUUCCCAGAGGUGCGGUUAGUCAAUGGGCGCAACCGGUGCCAGGGGCGCGUGGAGAUCCUCUACAAUGGCUCCUGGGGGACGGUGUGUGACGACGACUGGGACCUAGUGGACGCCAAUGUGGUGUGCCGCCAGCUGGGCUGUGGCCAUGCCCUCGCCAUGCCAGCCACCCUGACCUUCGGCCACGGGCGGGGGCCCAUCUUCCUGGACAACGUGGACUGCCGAGGGAGGGAGGUGGCCCUGAGUGAGUGCGGGAGCCGUGGCUGGGGCAUCCACAACUGUUACCACUAUGAGGAUGUGGCCGUCACGUGUAACGAGCUCUCCCCGACCCGGGCAAGCAAAGGACCGACGAGCAGAACCGCCACAGCCUUCCUGCAGAACGGGAAGAGCGAUGGCAGCAUUCGGCUGGUGAGCGGCGCCGACCCCUGCCGGGGCAGGGUGGAGAUAUUCUACCAAGGGACCUGGGGCACAGUGUGUGACGACGACUGGGGCAUGAGCGACGCCAGCGUGGUGUGCAGGCAGGCGGGCUGCGGCCGCGCCGUGGCACACAAGAGCAACGCCUACUUCGGCUACGGCACGGGGCGCAUCCUGCUGGACAACGUGAACUGCGAGGGCAGCGAGCCCCGCCUCUCGGCCUGCUACAGCCUGGGCUGGGGGAUCCACAACUGCGGGCACCACGAGGACGCGGGGGUCAUCUGCACAGGGCUGCGGGUCUCAACGGUGGCACCAUUCACCACCUCGGCUGGCCGGGACUACGGAGAGUCAUUCACCGACACUGCCACAGUCACGGAUGCCAGAGAUCAGCCCUCGCCGGAGACUGAAGUGAUCACAGUGGCGCUUCUGGCCGCAGGCAAGAGCAGUGGCAGCAUCAGGCUGGUGAACGGGAACAACAGCUGCCAGGGCCGGGUGGAGGUUCUGUACCGUGGCACCUGGGGCACGGUGUGUGACGACGACUGGGGUUUCACCAACGCCCAGGUGGUCUGCCGGCAGAUGGGCUGCGGGGUGGCGGUUGCGGCCACCGCCCUGGGCUAUUUUGGUUACGGCACCGGGCCUGUCCUUCUGGACAACGUGGAUUGUGCCGGCCGGGAGGCUAACCUGGCGAAUUGCUUUCAUCUGGGCUGGGGGCAGCACAACUGUGGGCACCAUGAGGACGCCGGCGUCAUCUGCAGAGGUGUGGACGAGUCCGGGGACCAUUUCAGAGAAGAUGUUUCUGCGACCACCACCUCAGCCACAACUCGUCCCAAGGACGGAUUCCUGCGCCUCGUGAACGGCAGCCACCGCUGCGAGGGCCGCGUGGAGAUGUUCUACCUGUCCCAGUGGGGGACUGUGUGCGACGACGCCUGGGACCUCCGGGACGUCACGGUGGUGUGCCGGCAGCUGGGCUGCGGGGGCGCCCGGGCAGCCUGGGGGGAAGCGCGCUACGGCCCAGGCACCGGCUACAUCUUCCUCGACAACCUCAAGUGCAAAGGCGACGAGCCCUCCCUGCUGCGCUGCUCCCACAUCCGCUGGAACGUGCACAACUGCGACCACUCGGAAGACGCCGGUGCCCUCUGCGGGCUGCUAUGACCGGCUCUGUGCCCACGGCCGCCCAGAGACGCCCGGACCGACGCCGGCCCAAAGCGUGGGGAAUUCCAGAUGCCAGCGGCACCUGGCACAGGGCGGGCGAGCCAGCUGGUGCACCUAUGGCACUGAUGUCGGUGGGAGAGGAACACCCGCGUGACCUGUACAUCGCUGUAUAUAGCACGUCUGUAACGGGCAUGGAAGCCCUAUUCUCGCUGCCAUGCCCAGCAGGCCCCACCCCACCCCAGGGGCACUGGCGAAUGCUACUUGGACAAGUGCCAGAGCCUCCUGCCUGACCCGUUACCCAUGAGGCAUAGAGCAGAGCUCCAGCCACUCAUGGGCAUCUCUGCAAACUCUCUGGCAGGGGAAGUUUUUGUCCCAAGAAAAACCCCAGAACGGAAGAAAAGCAAGAAGGAACAUCGCUGCCCCGCAGCGUCUCUCUAGGAGAAACGGCAGAGACACACAGACCCAAGAAGCAGAGCCCAUGGAGAAGGCAGAGAACGCUGGUGCCAAUCUAGCAUUGCUCGACUCUAUGGAGAGUCACUGGCCUCGGGAGCUGGAACGGGCUAUUCUGCAGGGUCGCUGGCGUUCAGAUACUAGCUGUGGCCAGCUCUCAUCCAGCCCACGGUCAUAGUAACCAAGGGUCACAUUUUCAUAUGUGCCCGUGUCCCAUUUUCCAAAGUGACGUAGAACCAGAUCCUCAGACGUAUUUAGGUGCCUAACUCCCGUUGGUUUCAAUGGAGUUAGGAGUCUACCAUUGAGGAUCUGGGCCCUAGGGUAUUUAGGCACUUAAAGAUGUAGAUCUCAAUGGUAAUUAUGUGGGCAGGCGCUUUAGAAAAUCCCGCUAACUGCUUCUGCAUCUUAAAAUCUGGCCCGAAACCCCAUGAAAAGCCAAUGGAGCUAAGUUCCUAAGUCAUUUUUGGAAAGGGACCGGGCCUUGUAAGUCCCAUAGGAGCCUCUGAAAAUCUUGUCCCGCAUCCUGUUGCAAUUGGAUCUACAGGAGAUAUUUGGCAGCAGGUCUCAGUCCAUGUCCCUGUGGCCAGGUGUUCCCAUCAGAAUGACCCACCACCCUGCCAUGGCCCUCAGAACUGAUCCACGGGCAAAGCUCCUGAUCUGCUCCUCGAACGGGUGUUUGUGGAUCUGCCCCUGGAUGGGCCAUUUGCAGGCCCCUUUGUGCAUUAGAAAUCUAGGCCCCGCUCCAGCAAUCAGAUCCAUUCGGGUUUGCCCCCUGGAAGUCAACGGGGCUCCGUGUGCCCAGCACAGACCUGACUCCUGGGGACUGAUGCAUUAAAAACGUGGCGCUGAACUGGUGCGUUUCUUGGACCCACUUGGAUGGUUCCACCUGGCAGCCAAGACGCCCGUGGUAGCCCCACUCGCUCUUGCGUAUUUCCCAAGGAAGCUCUGUUUGCAUUCUCGGAUCCUGGCGAAGAAGUCUGGAAACCUGCUGGGAUCCUCGAGGUUUGUCAUUAACCCUUUGUCAUUUCCCCUGCUAGGAGACUGGAGAAAUGCUAUUUUUUGGCGGAGGGAAAGGGAGGGGCUUGCUUAAUUACGACUGAGGCAAUCCCAGGCCUCUCUGUAUAAUUCCUUUGUUAAUAACGGAG